AUGUGGACGGAGAGUUGGUCACAUACAGAAAGUGGAGGAUCAGUCACCAUCCCAUGUCACUAUCAUCAGAGAUAUAAAGAACAUGUGAAAUACUGGUGUAAAGGGUACACAUGGUCAUCCUGUAGUACCAUGGUACGCAGUGACUCACCACAGAGUAAAGGUGAGGUGUCCAUCACUGAUGAUCCCGACAAGCUGGUCUUCAAUGUGACCAUGAGGAACCUACAGGAGAACUGUUCUGGUACUUUCUGGUGUGGAGUGGAGAUCAACGGGGUACCAGCAUAUGGUGCAAUUCUGGUUUUAAACGUUACAGCAGGCUCCUCUGUUGUCCCACAGGAAACCACAGUGAACACAGUCAUCGAAAGUAAAGUAACUUCAGCCUCACUGACACAACCAGCAACCCGAACCCAAACACUCAACUCGACUUCAGCGACAAUUUACCCAGGAACAUCGACAUCGACAAUUGAGACCGAGGACUCAAAAAGUGGUGACACCACGCAGGACACACAGUCACACUCAGUGUCCGCACUGCAGAAGUUUGACACACACAUGGCUUCUCUCCUUUAUCUCGUCCUCCUCAUCUUCACCACGGUACCAGGUAACGGCUGUGUGAGAACAUCAAAGAACAUAUCGCAACCGAGAGGAGGAUCAGUCACCAUCCCAUGUUACUAUGAUUACAUAUAUAUACACCACGUUAAAUACUGGUGUAAAGGGUACACGUGGUCAUCCUGUAGUACCAUGGUACGCACUGACACACCACAAUGGAAGGGUGACGUGUCCAUCGCUGAUGACCCUGACCAGCGAGUCUUCUAUGUGACCAUGAGGAACCUAAAGGAGGAGGACUCUGGCUGGUACUGGUGUGGAGUGGAGACUGGUGGAAUUGGCAUAGCGGUUUACUUGACAGCUCUGUACUUAACAGUAACUCCAGGUGUGUGGGCUGAGAGCUGGAUGUCAGCAUUGAGGGGAGAAUCUGUCACCAUCCAAUGUCGCUAUGAUCAGAGAUAUAAACACAGUGUGAAAUACUGGUGUAAAUGGGAAACAUGGUCAUCCUGUAGUACCAUGGUACGCAGUGGCUCACCACAGAGAAAAGGUGACGUGUCCAUCGCUGAUGACCCCGACCAGCUUGUCUUCACUGUGACCAUGAGGAACGUACAGGAGAAGGAUGCUGGCACUUACUGGUGUGGAGUGGACAUUGGUGGAACUGGCACUAUGGAUGACAGCGCAUAUAUUUACUUAACAGUAUAUGCAGACAGACCAGAUGUGUCGACAGAGGGCUGGUUACAUGGAGAAAGUGGAGGAUCUGUCACCAUUCGAUGUCACUAUGAUCAGAUAUAUAAAUACCAUGUGAAAUUCGGGUGUAAAUGGUAUCACAGAGAAUCAUGUAGUACCAUGGUAAGCAGCGACUCAGCACAGACGGAAGGUGACGUGUCCAUCACUGAUUACCCCAACCAGCUGGUCUUCACCGUGACCAUUAUGAACGUACAAGAGAAGGAUGCUGGCUGGUACUGGUGUGGAGUGGAGACUGAUGGAACCAGGAUUUAUCUCAAAUCUGUACAUAUAUCAGUUACAGGCUCCUCUGCUGUCCCACAGAAAACCACAGCAAAGACAAUCAUCGAAAGUAAAGUAACUCCAGCCUCACUGACACAACCAACCGCUGCCAUUCGAAGAGUCGACUUGACUUCAACAACAGCUCAACCGAGAGGAGCCACAACUAGCCCGUUUUCUUCAACUGCCUUGACUGUCAGUGCAACCAAAGAGCCCAACAGCACUGAAUUACCAGGCAGAGGACACACUUUGGAUGUGUUGAGACACUCGGCUGUAGCUCUGGUCUACCUGAUAUGCACCAUCAUCGCCGUGAUCAAGAACUGGACCUACUGCAAUCAAUAA